UGCACGGAGCACCGCUGAGCGCACUUCGAUAGGCAGCCGGCAACGCGACGAACGACGCGAGGACGGUCGCCACCCAAUACCAUUCUAUUUCCCCGCCAUUCUUUAGUCGCGCGCCGUACGCACUAUACUACGCUCACAGUUGCCGGACGAAAAUGUAUCACGCGUCUUUAGUGUGCUAAGGUUUCAAGUGUCCUGUGUGUUCGUGUUUUGUAACAUUCAGUAUUUAUUGUACAUUUAAAAAGUUUUAAGGAAAAAAGGAUGAUGGCUCCCGAGACAGUGGUGACCGUCGACCAUAACAAGUCCACCUCCCAACAGGCGUCGCCGCAGCAGCAGCAAAGCGGGCCGUUGGACUGGAUCAAAAUCGAUGUAGAAUAUUUCAGAUCGACGCCUGGUAUACUCAAAGUCAUUGAGUUGAUAAUCGGCAUAAUAUGCAUGUCCCUGGGAACACCGUUUGCGUCGUCGUGGUACGUCUUUGUUGCUGUCACUGCUUUCAUCACGACCCUCAUGUGGAGUUUCGUGUACCUCCUCGGCGUGAGGGACGCCCUUAAGAUACCAAUCAACUGGGUUUUAUCGGAAUUGAUCAGCACAGCUUUGGAGACGCUGUUCUACCUCAUCGCUUUCAUUGUGAUGUUCACUUCGAUUUAUGGAAGCUAUGGACGUAAUGUUGCAGCUGCUGUGUUCGGUGUUUUCAAUACACUGGCAUAUGGUUACAGUUCGUUCUUACUGUACCAAGAACACAGGAAUGGCGCCACUGGCUUGGCGUGAAGCUCCAGGACCCCACCCACACCCCGCUGGGACUAUUAACCUCCGAACAAUAUUGUUAUAAUUUAACUAUGUACUUUUAUUAUUGUAUAAAAAUUAUAUUACAACAAUGUACAUUAUGUCUGCGUUUUCGAUUUUAUUUUUUGACUAUUUUUGAAAAUUAUGCUAUGCAUUAUAUGUAAUUAGGAAAAUUGACGAACAUAAAAAUAUAUUAAAAUUUAAAGUAUUUUUCGAAAAAGGCCAUAAUAACCAUACCACCUUGGUAUGACAAUUUAAUAUAGCUACCUAUCUUAUUUAUUGUUCUGGGUGUGUUCAUAUUUUGUGUGACUGUUAUUGUUUAUUUUUUAAUCUUAUUAUACAGAAAUAGCAUUAAUUGGUUAUGUUUGUGGUCAGUUAUACAGCGUUUUUUGUAUAGGCAACUGAUACCGUCCAAAUGGCGUUUUUUGUUGUCACUUAGCAUAGUUUAUAAAGAGUUAAUUCUAUGAUAUCUAUAUAAAUACUUUCAUUAAUGUUAAUUUUGCACAUUAUAAAGCAUUGAUCAGUAGUAAUAUCGUUAGAUGCCUAGUCGGAUUAUGAUGAUGAAUUAAUUUUCAAAAAGAUUUCAAAUUGUUCGUUGGAUUUUGCUAUAUACAAAUGGAUUGUACUAAAAUUGUAUUAAACAACUAAAAUAGAGUAAUCUCGUUUAAAUUUUACCUAGAUUAUACCAAAAUCUAAUGAUGUCACGAAUUUUUAUAAAAGUAUUUGUACGUAUCGUCACAUGUAUCAUGUACGUUUAAGAAAAGAUUUUUUAUUAUACACAAUAUUGAUAUAAUUGGAAUAACGGUUGAUUAUGUUGUUAAGUUCUGAAAUAUAAAUUUAAUCUACAUAUUAAAAUCUAUUCAAGUAAGUACCUAGUGUUAGCAAGGGAAAUAUAACACAAUACAUUAAUUUAACUAUAUUAAUUUGUAAAAUCAAAAUAAAUAAAUGGUAACAAUA